AUGCUUCGUCCGCUAGCGCUGCUUGCUUGGCUCGCCGGCGCAGUUGCAUUGCCAUCGUCAUGCCGCCAAUACUGGGAGGAUCCACAGAUGAGGGCACAUCUCUUAUGGCAGAGUCUACGUUGUGUGGGGCAGGCCGGCGCUGAGAUAAAACACGCCGAGCACUGUAUGGGUAUAGUUUGCACUUGGACCGUGAUCAGGGCAGAGACUCCGGAAUGUGCGACGACGGCCUCGUGCGCAGCAUCUUGCGAUAAGGCGGAAGGUUGUAGCGACUUCAGCCGCUUCUGUGGCGCCAUUACAGCCCAGGGUUCCACCUUCUUUCUUUCCGCUGCACAGGACCAACCCCUCGCAAACUCCACGGCCCUCAUGGGCACUACUUCGGCUAAUCGCAGCGUGCAGGCUAAUCCUUCCACACACAUCCAGAAGUUACUGCUCCACUACACAGCAGUAAAGGCCUGCAUCACUGUUACAGUAAUUUUGGGCUUAGCCUUAGCCUUUACAGCCUUUUGGGCUAGGAAAUCCCGGCCCGAAGGGGCAGAGCCCCUGCUGGGCUAA